CAGCGGGCAAGAGCCGACAUUGUAGGCUCAAAAGCUGCAAGGCCUGCCUGCUACAGACAUGGACACAGGCUCUUGGGACUGGAAAGACUCUUAAAAGGUCUUUUACUCCAACCGCCUUUCCAGGGCCUGAAAAAUACUCCUGCCGAGGAUCCUCCAAUAGUUUCAGUGAUAAGAUGGGCCUAAAAACAAAUACACAAUGUUGGCUCAGCUUUAUGGAUCACUCUUAAUGCAUCAGGCACCAGAUGCCGGUGGUUUUAUCCUUUAUGUGUUUCAUCAUUACUUUAUCCCACAAAGUAGGAACUACUAUUAUUAUUUCCAUUUUACAGAGAAGGAAACUGACUUGCCCAAGGUCUCCAGAGAAGCUUAUUUCAUCCAUCUCUGAGCUGAAUAUGGACACAUCCUGUGGGAAUCUCCCAGCUUGUCCCAGAGGCUCUGAGUCCUUCCUGUCUCCCACUCUACCCCACCCCCUGGCUCAUCUGCCCCUGGGGAAAUGGACCAGGGUGUUACAAUCCACCCCUGCUCCACUUCACUCAGCCUCUCCAGCCUGCAGCCCCACUGCCCUCUGUCCUCAGCUUCUUGCUGUGUCCUGAGACUCCUGGGGUUUUCAUUCCUCUCUAGCAGGUGGCAAAAGGAUAAGGAUUGGGAUCCAGGGAUAAGAUUUAAAUAGAGGAUUAAGGCUCUGAUUGGAGUUAUGGUUAGUGUAAAGAUACCCUGUAAGAAAUCCCCGACUAGAUCAUGAGAUAAAGCUUAGCGCUGAAGUUAGGGUCGGAGGUUACAGCUAAAGGGUCGAGGUCAGAGAGUUUCUCGCCUCUGGUCUCCUCCCAGUUCUCCAAGGCACUGAGGGCCAGGCAGGAAGCAUCGGUUUCCUCAAAGCCGCUUCCCUCCUGGGGCAGAGUCUCGGUCACAAACAACCACCACCAGCCCACCCCGCCCCUCCUUCCCUCUUCGCUGUGAGCUCAGAGCAGCAGGACAAAGUGCUCGGGACAAGGACAGAAGGCUGAGAGUAGCCAUGGGCUCUGGAGGAGAAAGCCUCCGGGGGGGCCGGGCUUCCCGGCCUCUGCUGCUCCUGCUCAUCAUGGGAGGCAUGGCUCAGGACUCCCCGCCCCAGAUCCUAGUCCACCCGCAGGACCAGCUGUUCCAGGGCCCUGGCCCUGCCAGGAUGAGCUGCCGAGCCUCGGGCCAGCCACCUCCCACCAUCCGCUGGCUGCUGAAUGGGCAGCCCCUGAGCAUGGUGCCCCCAGACCCACACCACCUCCUGCCUGAUGGGACCCUUCUGCUGCUGCAGCCCCCUGCCCGGGGACAUGCCCACGAUGGCCAGGCCCUGUCCACAGACCUUGGUGUCUACACAUGUGAGGCCAGCAACCGGCUGGGCACAGCAGUCAGCAGAGGCGCUCGGCUCUCUGUGGCUGUCCUCCGGGAGGAUUUCCAGAUCCAGCCUCGGGACAUGGUAGCUGUGGUGGGUGAGCAGUUAACUCUGGAAUGUGGGCCGCCCUGGGGCCACCCAGAGCCCACAGUCUCAUGGUGGAAAGACGGGAAACCCCUGGUCCUCCAGCCCGGAAGGCACACGGUGUCCGGGGGGUCCCUGCUGAUGGCAAGAGCAGAGAAGAGUGAUGCAGGGGCCUACAUGUGUGUGGCCGCCAACAGCGCAGGACACAGGGAGAGCCGCGCAGCCCGGGUGUCCAUCCAGGAGCCCCAGGACUACACAGAGCCCGUGGAGCUUUUGGCUGUGCGAAUUCAGCUGGAAAAUGUGACACUGCUGAACCCGGACCCCGCAAAGGGCCCCAAGCCUGGACCGGCUGUGUGGCUCAGCUGGAAGGUGAGCGGCCCUGCUGCACCUGCCCAAUCUUACACGGCCUUGUUCAGGACCCAGACUGCCCCGGGAGACCAGGGAGCUCCGUGGGCAGAGGAGCUGCUGGCCGGCUGGCAGAGCGCAGAGCUUGGAGGCCUCCACUGGGGCCAAGACUAUGAGUUCAAAGUGAGACCAUCCUCCGGCCGGGCUCGAGGCCCUGACAGCAACGUGCUGCUCCUGAGGCUGCCGGAAAAAGUGCCCAGUGCCCCACCCCAGGAGGUGACCCUAAAACCUGGCAAUGGCAGUGUCCUUGUGAGCUGGGUCCCACCACCUGCUGAAAACCACAAUGGCAUCAUCCGUGGCUACCAGGUCUGGAGCCUGGGCAACACGUCACUGCCCCCAGCCAACUGGACUGUGGUUGGUGAGCAGACCCAGCUGGAAAUCGCCACCCGCAUGCCAGGCUCCUACUGUGUGCAAGUGGCUGCAGUCACUGGUGCUGGAGCUGGAGAACCCAGUAGCCCUGUCUGCCUCCUUUUAGAGCAGGCCAUGGAGCGAGCCACCCGAGAACCCAGUGAGCAUGGUCCCUGGACCCUGGAGCAGCUGAGAGCCACCUUGAAGCGGCCUGAGGUCAUUGCCACCUGUGGUGUUGUGCUCUGGCUGCUGCUUCUGGGCACCGCUGUGUGUAUCCACCGCUGGCGCCGAGCUGGGGUGCACCUGGGCCCAGGUCUGUACAGAUAUACCAGUAAGGACGCCAUCCUAAAACACAGGAUGGAUCACAGUGACUCCCAGUGGUUGGCAGACACUUGGCGUUCCACCUCUGGCUCUCGGGACUUGAGCAGCAGCAGCAGCCUCAGCAGUAGGCUGGGGGCGGACCCCCGGGACCCGCUAGACUGUCGUCGCUCCUUGCUCUCCUGGGACUCCCGAAGCCCCGGCGUGCCCCUGCUUCCAGACACCAGCACUUUUUAUGGCUCCCUCAUCGCUGAGCUGCCCUCCAGUCCCCCAGCCAGGCCAAGUCCCCAGGUCCCAGCUGUCAGGCACCUACCACCCCAACUGGCCCGACUCUCCAGCCCCUGUUCCAGCUCAGACAGCCUCUGCAGCCGCAGGGGACUCUCUUCUCCACGCUUGUCUCUGGCCCCUACAGAGGCUUGGAAGGCCAAAAAGAAGCAGGAGCUGCAGCAUGUCAACAGUUCCCCACUGCUCCGGGGCAGCCAACCCUUGGAGCUCCGGGCCUGUGAGUUGGGAAAUAGAGGUUCCAAGAACCUUUCCCAAAGCCCAGGAGCUGUGCCCCAAGCUCUGGUUGCUUGGCGGGCCCUGGGACCGAAACUCCUCAGCUCCUCAAAUGAGCUGGUUACUCGUCCUCUCCCUCCAGCACCCCUCUUUCCUCAUGAAACUCCCCCAACUCAGAGUCAACAGACCCAGCCUCCGGUGGCACCACAGGCUCCCUCCUCCAUCCUGCUGGCAACAGCCCCCAUUCCCAUCCUUAGUCCCUGCAGUCCCCCUAGCCCUCAGGCCUCUUCCCUCUCUGGCCCCAGCCCAGCUUCCAGUCACCUGUCCAGCUCUUCACUGUCAUCCCUGGGGGAGGAUCAAGACAGCGUGCUGACCCCUGAGGAGGUAGCCCUGUGUUUGGAACUCAGUGAGGGUGAGGAGACUCCCAGGAACAGCGUCUCUCCCAUGCCAAGAGCUCCUUCACCCCCCACCACCUAUGGGUAUAUCAGCACCCCAACAGCCUCAGAGUUCACGGGCAUGGACAGGACCGGAGGAGGGGUGGGGUCCGAGGGGGGAGCCUUGCUGUGCCCACCUCGGCUCUGCCUCACCCCCACCCCCAGCGAGGGCUCCUUAGCCAAUGGUUGGGGCUCAGCCUCUGAGGACAAUGCUGCCAGCGCCAGAGCCAGCCUUGUCAGCUCCUCCGAUGGCUCCUUCCUCGCUGAUGCCCACUUUGCCCGGGCCCUGGCAGUGGCAGUGGAUAGCUUUGGUUUUGGUCUAGAGCCCAGGGAGGCAGACUGCGUCUUCACAGCUUCUCCUGUAGAUUACUCCUGAACUGUGUCCCUGAGACUGCCCAGACGGGAAUCAGAACCACUUCUCCUGUCCACCCACAAGACCUGGGCUGUGGUGUGUGGGUCUUGGCCUGUGUUUCUCCGCAGUUGGGGUCCACCUUCCCAAGCCUCUGGACACUUCUCCCUCCAGGAUUGUGAAAACAAGUGAAAACAAAAUUAGAGCAAAGCUGACCUGGAGCCCUCAGGGGGCAAAACAUCAUCUCCACCUGACUCCUAGCCACUGCUUUCUCCUCUGUGCCAUCCACUCCCACUACCAGGUCGCUUUGGCCUGAAGAACAGCCCAGUCUCCUGCUGUCCCCACUCAUUUGGAUCAUAGGAAGUAGAGGAGCCAGAGGUGCCUUCAUGGAGAACAACAGUGGCUGCUGGGAGAGGGCUGUGGAGGAAGGAGCUUCUCGGAGCCCCCUCUCAGCCUUACCUGGGCCCCUCCUCUACAGAAGAGCUCAACUCUCUCCCAACUUCACCAUGUAAAGAAAAUAAUUAUGAAAGCCACUGAGGCACUGAGGCCCUACCUCAUGCCAAGCAACGGGUUCAAGGCUGGGUCUAGGGAGGAUGCUGAAGGAAGGGAGGUGUGAGACCAUAGGUCCAAAGCACCGUCCUUGUACUGUUGUCACUAUGAGCUUAAGAAAUUUGAUAUCAUAAAAUGGUCAAGACUUGA